CUCAAGAUACUUCACACACCUGCCUUUCUGUUUCUCAAAUACGGAGGAAUUGUUGAUAAGGAUCUUCGUCACUACCUCAACUUACGAUUUCAGAAGGGUUCUGUGGACCACGAACUUCAGCAAAUCAUUCGUGACAACCUCUACCUCCGCACAGUGCCAUGCACCACAAGGCCACAUAAGGAGGGUGAGGUUCCUGGAGUGGACUAUAUUUUCAUCACUGUUGAAGAUUUUAUGGAAUUGGAGAAAAGUGGUGCUCUCCUAGAAAGUGGGACUUAUGAAGACAACUACUACGGUACCCCAAAGCCUCCAGCAGAACCAGCACCAUUGUUACUAAAUGUAACAGACCAGAUACUUCCUGGAGCCACUCCAAGCACUGAAGGAAAACGAAAAAGGAAUAAAUCAGUAAGCAACAUGGAGAAAGCAAGCAUAGAGCCUCCUGAGGAGGAAGAGGAAGAGAGGCCUGUGGUCAAUGGAAAUGGAGUAGUAGUAACACCAGAAUCCAGUGAACAUGAAGACAAGAGUGCAGGUGCCUCAGGGGAGACACCCUCCCAGCCUUAUCCUGCACCAGUGUAUAGUCAGCCCGAGGAGGUGAAGGAACAGAUGGAUGAUGCAAAACCAACUAAACCUGAAGAGCAUGAUGAAUCAGACCCAUUGCCUGAUAACUGGGAAAUGGCCUAUACAGAGAAGGGUGAAGUCUACUUCAUUGACCAUAACACAAAGACAACAUCAUGGCUGGAUCCACGACUUGCGAAAAAGGCUAAACCUCCAGAAGAAUGCAAAGAAAAUGAGCUUCCAUAUGGCUGGGAAAAAAUCGAUGAUCCCAUAUAUGGCACUUAUUAUGUUGACCACAUAAAUAGAAGAACACAGUUUGAAAACCCUGUCCUGGAAGCAAAAAGGAAGCUACAGCAGCAUAACAUGCCCCACACAGAACUUGGAACAAAGCCCCUGCAGGCCCCAGGUUUCCGAGAAAAACCACUCUUUACCCGGGAUGCAUCCCAGUUGAAGGGAACAUUUCUCAGCACCACACUAAAAAAGAGCAACAUGGGGUUUGGAUUUACCAUCAUUGGUGGAGAUGAGCCUGAUGAGUUUCUGCAGGUGAAAAGCGUGAUUCCCGAUGGGCCUGCAGCUCAGGACGGAAAAAUGGAAACAGGUGAUGUCAUUGUCUAUAUUAAUGAAGUUUGUGUCCUUGGACACACUCAUGCAGAUGUAGUCAAACUUUUCCAGUCUGUUCCUAUUGGUCAGAGUGUCAACUUAGUGUUGUGUCGUGGCUACCCUUUGCCCUUUGAUCCUGAAGAUCCUGCUAACAGCAUGGUGCCACCCCUUGCAAUAAUGGAGAGGCCACCUCCAGUGAUGGUCAAUGGAAGACAUAACUAUGAAACAUAUUUGGAAUACAUUUCUCGGACCUCACAGUCGGUUCCAGAUAUAACAGAUCGGCCGCCUCAUACUUUGCACUCAAUGCCAGCUGAUGGUCAGCUAGAUAGCACGUAUCCACCACCUGUCCAUGACGACAAUGUAUCUAUGGCUUCAUCUGGGGCCACCCAAGCUGAACUUAUGACCUUAACCAUUGUGAAAGGUGCCCAGGGCUUUGGCUUCACCAUUGCAGACAGUCCUACAGGACAGCGGGUGAAACAAAUACUUGACAUUCAGGGAUGCCCUGGCCUGUGUGAAGGGGACCUCAUUGUUGAGAUCAACCAGCAGAAUGUACAGAACCUGAGCCAUACGGAAGUAGUGGAUAUACUUAAGGACUGUCCCAUUGGAAGCGAGACUUCUUUGAUUAUCCAUCGAGGAGGUUUCUUUUCUCCAUGGAAAACUCCAAAGCCUAUAACAGACCGAUGGGAGAAUCAAGGCAGUCCUCAAACGAGUCUAUCUGCUCCGGCCAUACCGCAGAACCUGCCCUUCCCACCCGCCCUUCACAGGAGUUCAUUUCCUGACUCAACAGAGGCCUUUGACCCAAGGAAGCCUGACCCAUAUGAGCUCUACGAGAAAUCUAGAGCCAUUUAUGAAAGUAGGCAACAAGUGCCACCAAGGACCAGUUUUCGAAUGGAUUCCUCUGGUCCGGAUUACAAGGAGCUGGAUGUUCACCUUCGCAGGAUGCAGUCUGGAUUUGGCUUCAGAAUCCUCGGGGGAGAUGAGCCUGGACAGCCUAUUUUGAUUGGAGCUGUCAUUGCCAUGGGAUCAGCCGACAGAGAUGGCCGCCUACACCCGGGAGAUGAGCUCGUCUAUGUGGAUGGGAUUCCAGUGGCUGGCAAGACCCACCGCUAUGUCAUCGACCUUAUGCACCAUGCAGCCCGGAACGGGCAGGUCAACCUCACUGUGAGAAGAAAGGUGCUAUGUGGAGGGGAGCCCUGCCCAGAGAACGGGAGGAGUCCAGGCUCCGUGUCGACCCACCACAGCUCUCCUCGCAGCGACUACGCAACCUACACCAACACUCACGCCAACAGCAGCGCCUCUCCCCCCGAAGGCUUCGCCUCCCACAGCCUGCAGACCAGCGACGUGGUCAUUCACCGCAAAGAGAACGAGGGUUUCGGCUUUGUCAUCAUCAGCUCCCUGAACAGGCCAGAGUCCGGAUCCACCAUAACUGUGCCACAUAAAAUUGGACGCAUCAUUGAUGGGAGUCCCGCAGAUCGCUGUGCGAAACUAAAAGUGGGAGACCGGAUCUUAGCAGUGAACGGCCAGUCUAUCAUCAACAUGCCUCACGCUGACAUCGUGAAGCUCAUCAAGGAUGCAGGUCUUAGUGUCACCCUUCGCAUCAUUCCUCAGGAGGAGCUCAACAGCCCGGCCUCGGCGCCCAGCUCCGAGAAGCACAGCCCGCUGGCCCAGCAGCACAGCCCGCUGGCCCAGCCCAGCCCCGCCACCCCCAACAGUCCUGUCGCCCAGCCAGCUCCUCAGCCACUUCAGCUGCAGGGACAUGAAAACAGUUACAGGUCAGAAGUAAAAGCAAGGCAAGAUGUGAAACCAGAUAUCCGACAGCCUCCGUUCACGGACUACAGGCAGCCCCCACUGGACUACCGGCAGCCCCCAGGAGGGGACUAUCUGCAAGCCCCGCCCUUGGACUACAGGCAGCCCUCCCCUGACACCAGGCAGUUCCCUCUGUCAGACUACAGGCAGCCCCAGGAUUUUGAUUAUUUCACUGUGGACAUGGAGAAAGGAGCCAAAGGAUUUGGAUUCAGUAUUCGUGGAGGGAGGGAGUACAAAAUGGAUUUGUACGUGUUGAGAUUGGCAGAAGAUGGGCCAGCAAUAAGAAACGGAAGGAUGAGGGUAGGAGAUCAGAUCAUUGAAAUCAAUGGGGAGAGCACCAGAGACAUGACACACGCCAGAGCAAUAGAGCUCAUCAAGUCUGGAGGCAGAAGAGUCAGGCUACUGCUGAAGCGCGGGACGGGGCAGGUCCCAGAGUAUGACGAUUCCAGCUCCUGGAGUUCUCCCGCUGCUGCCUCCCCAGGUCUGCCGGAAGUAGGCGCCUCCCUCGAGGACGUCCUCUCUCCAUUCUCUCCAUCACAUCCAGCCCCACCAUCCGACCCUAACAACCAGAUAAGCCCAGACCCAACUUGGGAUAUCAAAAGGGAACACGACGUUAGGAAACCAAAGGAGCUUUCAGCCGGCAGCCAGAAGAAGCAGCGCCUCGGGGAGCAGAGUGAGCUUUCGGCAAGCCCGCAGCGGGCGGUGCAGCCGAGGCUCGCGGAGGUGCCUGGUGGCCAGGGGCAGCCUGAGGCCAGCAGGCCCUCCUCAGAGGCCAGGGCACCCGGGCCCACAGCAGUGGACGCAGCGCGGGCCAGCAGCAAGGAGGGGCUGCAUGCGGCAGUGGGCCCCGAGCUCGGCCGGCGUGAAGGCCCCGGAGUGGCACCUGCGUUCGUGGGCCCAGGCCGCGGCGCGGGUGUGCGGGAGGCCGAGGGCAGGGCAGGCACACGUGCGGGGCCCAGGCAGGGCACGCGGCCCCCGGGGGGAACCCCUGUGCGCAAGGCUGCUGUUGCGCCAGGGCCCUGGAAGGUGCCAGGCUCCGACAAGCUGCCGGGCAUCCUCAAACCCGGCGCCUCGGCCGCAGGCAGAUGAGCCCACUGCCCCGCCUCAAUACCUGCAGGCCAUUCUUCUUAGGUUCCGUCUCAUGGUGUUUUAAUUUAUUUUCACUGUCACGUGCAUAAAUCCGCGAGGCACCAAGGCUUGGGAGCACCGACAUGAAGUCCCACGUGUCAACAAGCAUGGUCCAUAUGGCAUCCACGGCAGACCCAAACUGAUCCUGAAGCUCCCAGUUCCACUGCGGGGGCUUUGGCAGCUAUGGAAGAACCAAAAUAACGUGAAGAACAUCACAGAGAGUGCAGUGUAGCUUUAGUAAAACAAGAAAGAACAAAAUUCCCCCACUGCAUGAAGGAUUUGGAUGUCAUCCAAACUUUAUAUCAAGAAACAUAUCAAGAAACUGGACAAGUUAAGAGCAAUCACAAACUGGAAUAUCGCCUUAAAAAUCAAACUGCACGGAGCAAGCUGAAACUGAGACAAGAUUAUAUCUAUCUGUUAAUCUGAAGAGUUGUAAAUAAAUUGUUCUGGACAUAUCUAGACAGGGGUUAAGAGGUUUCUUUGAAACAUUCAGAACUGUUCACCCAUGACACGUUUCCAUGGCUCACUUGUGGCACCAUCACCAGUUUUAGCAGCAAUGUCCCCUGCAUACUGCAGGAUGAAUUAGAAAUCUAGUGAAUUCAUUGGUGUGAUGCCAUUUUUACUGCCAUUUCUGUGAUCACGUUUCUGUGCAUUUUCAGUGGUAGGAAAAAAGUUUUAAAAAUUGUAUCCUAGGGAACAGUCUGCCAUAAGUCAAAAUUUUGCAGUUUAGCUCAUAGAUCUUAAUUGGUUUUCAUCUAAAAUAGGAAUUUUAUAACUAAAGGACCACAAUUUGUUAAAUUGAGAUUGGCAACGCUGCAGUUCCUUUAUGAGAAGGCCUUCCUGUUGUCUCAGAGUUAGUUAGCAGCUUAUUUGACAGCAACAUUACAUUUCACUCAUUUUGCUGUCUUCCAUUACUUCAUUUUCACUUUGAUAGAGCAGAGGCAAAGUAUUUCUCCUGUAUUUCUCAGAUUACAAUGAAUCUCUCUCUGAUAUUAAAAAAUCAUUAGUAUGACCCAUUUCUUUUCAUUAAAGAACAUGGAUCUUUUUAGCAUGUCUUAUUAUUUCUUCUUUUAUUUCCAUUUGGUUUGCUUUUUUGUCUAGAUCUUUGUUUAUCUUCCUCAUCCAUGGUAGAUACCCUAGUAUCUCUAAGGAUUGCCUUUCUUCUCUGCUGUUUUGAUCUUUCUUUGUAAAAUUUUACCUUCAGUUAAUUAUCCAUGCAUUCUUAUUUGUAGCUGCACAUAUUAAAAGGCAAAUGUUUCAGAGGGCAGUUUCUCUUUAAUAUGACCUGAAUGAAUGAGGUGUCAUCCUCCCCAUAUUCUGCCCUUUACAGGAGUUCAAAUGCAAAUAAGCCUUACCUCCCUGCACCUGAAGUCAAAUAAGUAAAACAGGGAGAUCAGGUCCCAUCACAGGCAGUCACAAGUAACAGCUUCCUUGGGUUGACUCUUUCCCUCUCUUUGUAAUUGUAGUAUCCUGAGCACCAGCUGUUUAAUUUCCAUCAAGCAUAGGUGUAGUUUAGUUGUUUGUUUGACAAGAGGAGAAUAUGGUUGAAAGCCUCAAGUGAAGAGUCUUGCAGCCUGUAAAAGCAAUUUCCAAAAAUGAAACCUAGUCAUCAUAAACUAAAGCACAAACACAUGUAGCAGUUUACAGUACUUUUGGUUUAAUCUCAAUUACUCUCUUUCUCCCCUGGACUACAGAUCCAGUAUAGUUUGCCAUUAAUUUAUUGAAUCUGGUUUUGGACAAUGCUUCUGUAGUGUAGCUGCACGUCCCGGUACUGUAUCCUCUGACCUUUAUUUUCCAUGUGUUACAAAAGGAUAAAAAAAUUGAGAUUACGCUUGCAUAAAUUCUAAUUUGCACAGUUCACAGCUACUACUUGUGCAGUAAUUGCUUUAUGCAGCUGUAAUCCAUAACCUGUGAAGACAGCACAUCUUCUAAACCCCAUUCCAAAUAAUAUUUCUGUGUAGUGUUAGCUGUGAAUUUACCCUGUACAGCUGUAUCUCUAUAAAUAUAAUUACAUGUAUUAAUAGUCACAGAAAGACUGUAAGUGAGCAACUAUUUUUAUGAAACGCACCACUAUGGAUAAAUUAACUUUUACAGAAAUCUUGUUUACUGUAUGAUAUUCUAAAACACUGUCAAAUAAAAUAUAUAUCCAAAAAUA